GGGGUGAGGGGGGGCGCGGGGCGGGGUUCCCGGGCACCAGGGCGGGAGAAGCGCGGGGGCCUCCGGGAUUCACGUCUGUCCCCCCGCAGGAUGUUCACCACCUACCCCAGCACCAAGACCUACUUCCCGCACUUCGACCUGCACCACGACUCGGAGCAGGUCCGCCACCACGGCAAGAAGGUGGUGACCGCCCUGGGCAACGCGGUGCAUCACAUGGACACCCUCAGCAAGACGCUCUCUGACCUCAGCGACCUGCAUGCCUACAACCUGCGGGUGGACCCGGUCAACUUCAAGCUGCUGUCCCACUGCUUCCAGGUGGUGCUGGCCGUGCACUUGCGUGACGAGUACACCCCGCAGCUGCAUGUGGCCUUUGACAAGUUCAUGGAAGCUGUCUGCAACGUGCUCACUGAGAAGUACCGGUGAGCGGCUGGCUCCAGUGGGUUCCCACGCACCCUGCUGUGCUCAGACCCAAUAAAGAUGCCAACCCUGCA